GCGACGCUGAUAGAGGUGCAAGAGCAAGCUUACCGCAUGUGCUCCGGCCUGAAGCAGGUCAGAGAAGCAAGGGCGGACAACACGACACAAGGAAGCUGCCCUCUGUUCAGCUGCAGGAUACCCUCGAGAUGCUUCAGUGUGUCCGCGAGGAUACCCUGACACCCCAACAGGUGCGUGAGCUGCACACUCGUCCACACUCGUCGCACACGCGGCGACGGAUGCUUUGGUUUUGCUUGAUGUGACCGACGGACAGCUGGGGCGGAUCCACGCCAUCAAUUCGCAGCUCGAGCCGGCCAUCAACGCCGCACUCGACGAGCCCAACGGCUACAUGGCGAUUCAUCCUGCCAAUCUCGUGGCCAUCCAAAUGGGUCAGCACUAUAGGCAGUCGUAUAACCAUAUGAGCAAGGGGUGAACAGAUGUGUGUGGCCCACGUGCUUGUGUCCUAUGUCAGCCUACGAAAGCACCAAGGAAUUCUACGAGGAGCGCCUGGACCACGUGGUGGAGAAGAUGCCUCGACAACGCCGAGGGGAGCCUCAGAAGAUCACCCUGCACGGGGCGACCCUUGAGUGGGGCCUGAAGGACCCCACUUUGCGGGAGCUCAUUCGCGGCGGCCGGGGCACGGCAGAGGAGAAGGCCGAGGCGUACCAGAUAAUGGAGGAGGAGUGGGGGCCCAACACGGGUGAGAAGUGGACUGACGUGGUGUACCCCUUCCCAUCGCUGCUCCUCACCAACGUCCUUCGCAAGUUCCACACACACAGGAAAUUGUGCGUGCACUCACUCACUCACUCACGGGUGCCCCAUCCAUCCGUCCGUCCGUCCAUGUGUGCGUAUUUGAAUCUGGUUCUACGUGCAGGUGUUUCGCGCGACGACGACGACCUCACGGACGGUUACACCUUCGGGCCGUGCUAUCGCGGUGACGAGUUCAAGGACGACCUGACCAGUUGGAAGGAAUACACGCUCCCCAUCAUCGCCUCAGAUCGGGUGGGAGUCAAGUUUACUUGCCCCACGCCACGCCAUCUGUGGGCUGUAUGUGUGCAUGUGGUGUGGUGUGGUGUGGUGGGGUGUGUUGUGGUGUGGUGUGUGCCAGAAGCGGGGCAUCACUGUGGGAGACCUCUUUGAGAGCAUCCUUCUGUUCGAGGGUGGAGCGCUGGCGAGGCCGAUAGGAAACACCUCCAGGUGGCCGGCCACACGGAGAUGCAUGUCAUGAUGCGUGUGUGAAUCUGUCUGUGAAUGGGUGCAACGCAUAUGCUUGUCUGUGUCUCUUGGCCUGCCUGUUUGUCGGUCGCAUCUCCUUGGUUCGUUUAGCUGGGCCAUAGAUGGUGCAGAGCGCGUCGAGAGUGGGCUAUACAGGCUAUGCUAUGAGUACAUCGAUCACCGGGUCGGACACGCACACGCGCACGCACAACACACUGCACCGGACACGCACGAGCCCAUGUAUACCUUCCCUCGUGUGUAUGUCACGCACUAUAUUCAGU